CUUUUUAUGUGAAACAGACAAACAGAGAGAACAGACAAACUCCUCACACACUCGGAGAAAGAGAGCGAGAGAGAUACAUAUCUCCAAGUGAAAUAAUUUUCAAUUUCCAUCUUUUUCGCCAAUUUCUUUACCCUCCCCAUCGUUGAUUUUCUUAUGCAAUAAUAUAUCUUGGAGAGAUAAAGAAUCCGUAAAGAAUCAGCGUACAUCAUGUUGCCUAAUCUGAAGACUCGUCGCAUAAGUGGCCUCCAGCUGGCUGGCAAACAUUUGGGUCCAGUGGCCAAAUGUCCACCACGCUAUUCCGAGGAGGAUUGGGACUACAAUAACAAGAUUAAAUUUCGUAUAACCUGCGAUCAGGAGAAGCUGGCGGAACGCAUUGUGGAAGAAUCUCGUCGGGUGGUCGAUGAGACCAAAGACACCACCAAGAAUUGGCAGCGCGAGGUGGAGCAUCAUAUGCGCGAGCGGACCAGUGAGAUACGUUUUCUGGUCGAUGAAUUGAAUCGCCAGAAGAAGACUGCCAUGCUGGAGGAUGAGGCACUGAACACCUAUCGCAAUCGUGUGCUCAGUGCCAUAGAGUUCCUCAAGGAGAAAUCGCUGGCCAUUUGCAAGCAGUGCCUGAUUCUUCGUGAGGGUCGCAUCGGUGUGGAUCUAUGCGAUGAUGAGGUCGACCGUUCGUUGCGCCGCGAACUGAAGGUCAUCAAGGGAUGUCAGGGUCUGGCCGAUGCCGCUCUGAAGGAGGCCGAAGAGCAGAUACGCAAAUUGAGAGCUGCCAUGUAUCUGCUGGAUCAGGAUUUGGCCGCCAAGGAUAAAUCUCUGGCCAUCGAUGAGAAGAAUCUGAAGCUAAAGGAGUUCCAGCAUGAUUUGGGCAAGGGACAAGAUCUGUCCAAGCAACAUUGCCAAUUUUCGUUGACCGAAUGGCAGGCCCAGACCUAUGAGAAUCUGGAGGCAAAUGCCAAAGCCUUGGUUUCUGCUGGCCAAUUGCGUGCCUAUAUCGAUCUGCUGCUGAAGCAAGUUUGCGAGGAUAUGCAAAAUCAAACGGAUCGCACUAAUGAGGCCUUCGAGCGACGCAUUGCCGAGACGAAGCAUGUGAAGCAGUGCCUGGAGAACAAGCACAAGGAUACCAUGGAUCAUAUCCAUCAGGUGCAGCGCAAUAUGAACGAUCUGGAGAAGGAAAUGAUGGACAAGCAGCGGGCCAUAACGCUAUGCCAGACCCGUCUUAGUAAUCGUGCCCAUCGUCCGGGUCUUGAGUUGACCUGCGAUAUGGUCCAGGAUGCACUCUAUAACGAAUUGCAGGCCUUGAAGGCAUCCGUCUGUAAGCUGAAUCAGAAAUUGAAUGAAAAUAAGGCAUCGAUGCGUUAUUUGAUGCAUGUCCAGGUCAUGCAGGAGGAGGAGAUCAAUAUUAAGGCAAAUACUUGCAAAAUUGAUGAGGUCGAUUGCAUGACCCUGCGUCAGGCCCUGAAAUAUCAGUCGUUCUAAAGGAUCCAAAAAAGAAGCAUCCAAAUUUUCAUCCACAACCAUCCUUCCUCCACUUGUAGUCGAAAACAAAACAAAAAAGAAAAACACCAAAAAACAAACAAAAUAACAAACUGAAAAACAAAAGUAAAACCAACUAAUUGUGCAAUUUAAUCAAAUUAGAUGCAUGUGCAUUUAUGCAUACCAAA